CCGUUGCCAAUUGCCUUACAGCGGGUUCAGUGCUCCACUCACCUCCUUCAUUGGCAGUCUUUGUCGGCCUAGGGGAUUUACUCCUAAGCCAAACGAAAAUCGUUACUACUUCAUAUUUCAUUAACAUCAACUAACCCAUAUAACAAACAUUAUUCAAAAUCGGCGAUUUGCGAUUGACUGUUCUGCGUUUUAACUUUUGUUCCAACCAAGAAAACCCUGCGGGGCACAUACCCAGAUCCCCGAUUAUGGCGACCAACGUCAGGAUCUUGCUUGAGGCGGCCACAUCCAUUCAAGGCUCGGAAAGCCUAUCGACGGCCGUUGAGCGCCUACGGCCAACAAUCCAAAAAUCAGGUCUGGGAUGUUCGACGCUGCUAGAAAUCGACAACCAGAUUGCCACAGCCAGCGGCCUGGGUAGGCGAGAUCAUUUACUAGCCCUCUUGGCCAGCCUGGAACAUCUAUACCGGACCAAACAGGAUAAGUCGUCAGCAGAGGAAGAAGAUGUGGAGCAGUCCGCAGCGGCUCGGCGGAUCUGUGAUUUUGUCGCAGAGUCGAUCGCGCCCAUCGUCGUGCCUUCGAAAGAAGAGGACGACGUCGAGGGCUACCACCCCACAGCUGCCGAUGUACAGCGUGACACUGCCGCAGUCGUCGCGAGAUGCCAACCCCUCGCGGAGCCCGGCCUGGCCGUGAUCAGGUGCAUUUUGCAGAACCGUCGGCGAGGCAGCCGGGACGCCGCCGACCUCAUCGGGCCCCAUGUGCUAGUGACGGCAGUCGCGUACGCGGACCCAGACCUGCCGUGGACGACGCCUGCCGCGUCCCAGCUGGCUCGGGAGAUCAUAGAGGCCAUCGUAUCGGCGACCGAUGUCAACAAGGACGCCGUCAUCGUCGACCGGGUGCUAAAGGACUACCUCCGACCGCUUUUCACCAAGUCCAAGCCCGCAACGGUCACCGACUCGGGCCGCAAGGCUCACUUUGCCCCGGAGCCAGAGAGGACCGGCGGCGUCCUGGACAGGGAGACGAGGGUGGCCAAGCCCUGGAAGCACGUCGACCUGCGCGCGGUGCCGGCUUUUGCCUGGGCUGUCAAGCAAGCUGAUAGAGACCUAAUGAGUCGCCAUUGGCCGCUCUACACGCCUGUGUUGCUUGCAUUACUCGACGACGGCGAUACCAGCGUCAAAUGCCAAGCUCUGGGCCUCUUGGAGGUCUUUCUGGGCAAAGUCGAGGCCAAGACGCUCAUUGACACCGGCCUGGACAGCGUCUUUCUUGACGCCGUGCUACCUGCGCUAAUGCUGCUGCCGAGAGUGACCCCGGAAGUCGACUGCCUACGGAUACUGGGACCAGCGUACGAUUCUCUCCUCACAUUGUCACGGGUAACAGCUGCUGGAAAGCAGAACAUCACGAAAACACCAAAUACAAAGAUCCUGGAUAGAAUUCUACGCGAAGGCGUGUUCUCUGGGUUCUUCUAUGCCAGGGAACACAUACGCAUUGUCCAGGUUUUGUUGAGUAAAACUGGACUGGUUGUGCAAGAAAUGGGCAUACACUCUGUUAAGCAUCUAAAGGACAUUGUUCCAAUGCUCACAUCAGUCAUGGAAGAACCGUUUGCCAUGGCCCACCUGCCGUCAUUAUUAGCUGCCAUCGAGGCCCUGCAGGCCGUUAUUGCGAACUGCUGGCCAAGACUUGGUCUGCCACCUUGGCGCGACGCCAUAAUCAAGGCACUUGUUGUAUGCUGGAUGCGUGCGGAUGACGAGGGGAGUGAGCAAGAUGCAACUACCCUUGUGCAUAGAGGCCUCGCAAAAGCCGCCAAAAUGCUGACAGCAGUGGCGCGUUCCGAAGGCAUCGACCUUGCCGAGGUUGUGGCUCCACUGACGGCGCAAGAUGCGUCGUUGCAAAAGCUCUUUGAUAUCUCUGCCAAGGGCUAAGACAGAUACUAAAUUCAGAAAAAAAAAAAAAAAAAAAAAAAAAGACGACCCAGCCUACAGCCCAAACUGCUCACAGGAUUGAGUCUUCGUAGACAGUCUCGCCAUCGGCAAUAGCAUCACCCGAAACCUAAUCGACUGGCUGUUGUUUGAAAAGCGAUUUCCCUCUGAGCCAUUUCCUAUAGGCCUUGUACCGCUUCUUCUGCGCAUCCUCUUCCGUGACCGUGAGCGGAUUGUCGCCAACCUUGAGCAGCUCCUCGAACAGCAUGUACAUCUCGUCACGUUCCUGCUCCUUCUCGACGUCGCCGAUGCUUUCUGAAAACAUAGUGGUCUGCGCCGUGACGCUGUCGCGGCCAUACAUAGAUGAGGUAUAAUAAGAUCCGCCCGAGCCGUGUGGGGCAGACAGCCCCUGGGUCUGCCAGUUGCCGUGAAUGUAUUCCUCGUACUCGGCAUCCACGUCCGAAGGCACCGGAUCGGCAGAUAUGACAAGAGGUAGCGUCUGGGGGUGACUUAUAUAUCGGGCAUAAUCCUCCGUUUCUUGGAUGUUCACAGAUGGAUUCAGCGACUCGUGCACCAUCUUGGCAAACGUCCAUUGGGCCGCGCGGCUUUUCUCCAGCGAGGUGGGCUUGCCUGACUUGGGGUCAGCUUCAGCGGCCGACCCGGUCAAGGACGAUGUGGACUCCUUCAUUAUUCCCUGCAAAUGAAUACCGUUGGCAAACUGGCCUAGAACGUUCGACUCCUUGGGAUCCUGAGUGUUCUGCAGCCACCCCCGAAACCCCUUGGUUGACGUCGGC